UCCGCGCGAGCAGCCCUGUUGUGUUGCGGCGCUCACUGACGUCUCCCGGACGGUGUAACCGUUCUCUGCCAAGUCUGGCCGGUCCUCUAAAGUUAGUUCUGAGGAUACGCGUGCGGCCGGCCUGAGAGCCGAGGAGCGGCCCAAGGGUUCCAAGUCGCCCGGAGACCCUUUUCCGUACAGCAACGUGGCGGCGCCCUUCGACUCUUAGAAAAGGAGAAUUUUUUUUUUUUUUUUUUUGUUCUGGACGGAGUGUCUUUCCUGAACACUGUUUAGAUGGGUGCUGGUUUUUUUUUUUUUUUCUUUUUCUUUUUUCGGAGACAGAGUCUCAUUUUGUCGCCCCGGUAGAGUGUCGGUGGCCUCAUAGCUCACAGCAAUCUUAGACUCUUGGGCUCCAGCGAUUCUCUAGCCUCAGCCUCCUGAGUAGCUGGGACUACAGGCGCCAGCACACUACUUUUAGAGAAGGGGUCUCGCUUUGGUUCAAGCUGGUCUCGAACUGUGAGCCCAGGUGAUCCGCCCGCCCCGGCCUCCCAGAGCGCUGGGAUUACAGGCGUGAGCCCCUAGGUGCUGUUUUCGAUGAGAGUCUGGGAUGGCGGCGUGCACUUUUCGGGCCAGGGAAGCAGUGAGGACACUUUCACCUUUUAAGGAUUUACUUCUUGGAGGAUGUGGACCUCGAUCCAAGCACCAAAGCAAGAAGUUGUUGCAGGCCUAGGAAAACAGGAGGAUCAGAUUGGGAUUCCAGAAAUAAGAUCAGGUUUUAACUACUUUUGGCCAAGUUGGCUGAAAAUUUGAAUUAUCAACUGAAAUAAACGGAACUUUAUGUUAAAAUGUUGCAGCUUUUCUUAGAACUUCUAUGUAUAUUAACAUAGCAUGUGUGUCAAAAAUUGUCUUCAGUAUACACGUCAGGUUUAUAUAUUUGCACAUCAGCUCUAUCUAAAUGUGUGAAGUAUAUGUUUAUUAAAAUUCAGGGCAUUUAAGAAUCUGAUCUGGGAAAUUGAGUUUACAUUGGUCCCUAAUUCCCAGAGACUUUUUAAAGAGGAAAAGAAUGUCUGUAGUACACCAGAUGUCACCUGGAUGGUUACUGGAUCAUCUUUCUUAUAUUAACAAGAUAAACUAUCAAUUUCACCAGCACCGUGAGCCUUGUAACAAUAAAAACAAGCCGACUUCUGUCCACUUUAAUUCUCUUCACGUGGAUUCUGAAUCCUCUCCGGGAGCCUGUACUACAUAUGUUGCUUAUGACUCUAUCACUAAGCCAGAGAACCAUGAUGGACAAAAUUAUAAAAUAUUCACACAAAAAUAUGUUUUUCGACCUGAACUGUUUGAUAUUACCAAACCUCAUAUAACUCCAGCUGUUCACAAAGAACGCCGGCAAAGUAAUGAGAAGGAAGAUCUAAUGAUUGGUGUUAAAAAAGAAAGCUCUGAUUCUAUUAUUGGGAAGAAGCGUAAAAGAUGUGUUGUUUUCAAUCAAGGUGAAUUGGAUGCUAUGGAAUAUCAUUCAAAGAUCAGGGAGCUGAUUUUGGAUGGAUCUUUACAAUUAAUCGAGGAAGGUCUCAAAAGUGGUUUUCUUUAUCCAGUUUUUGAAAAACAGGACAAGUGUAAUAAGCCUCUUACUUUACCACUCGAUACCUGCAAUUUGUCGGAAUUAUGUGAAAUGGCAAAGCAUUUGCCUUCUCAGAAUGAGAUGGAACUUCAGACAUUACAAUUGACGGAAGAUGAUACAUCUCUCACAGAGCAGGACUUAUUUUCACGGGUUGUUGAAAACAACUCUAGUUUCACAAAAAUGAUCACUUUAAUGGGACAGAAAUACCUGUUGCCGCCAAAAAGCAGUUUUCUUUUGUCAGACAUUUCUUGUAUGCAACCACUUCUGAAUUGUACGAAAAUAUUUGAUAUAAUUGUGAUAGAUCCACCAUGGCAGAACAAAUCAGUUAAAAGAAGUAACAGGUAUGGUUAUUUAUCACCAUUGCAAAUAAAGCAAAUACCUAUUCCUAAACUGGCUGCUCCGAACUGUCUGAUUGUUACCUGGGUGACCAACAGACAGAAGCAUCUACGUUUUGUGAAGGAAGAACUUUAUCCUUCUUGGUCUGUGGAGGUAGUUGCCGAAUGGCACUGGGUAAAAAUCACCAAUUCAGGAGAAUUUGUGUUCCCGUUAGAUUCUCCACACAAAAAGCCUUAUGAAGGUCUGAUACUGGGGAGAGUUCAAGACAAAACUGCUUUACCAUUAAGGAACGCAGAUACAACAGUGCUCCCCAUUCCAGACCACAAAUUAAUUGUCAGUGUGCCCUGUAUUCUUCACUCACAUAAGCCACCGCUUGCUGAGGUUCUAAAAGACUACAUUAAGCCCGCUGGGGAAUGUUUGGAAUUGUUUGCCCGAAAUUUACAGCCAGGUUGGACUAGUUGGGGCAACGAAGUUCUCAAAUUUCAGCACGUGAAUUAUUUUGUCACUCUGGAGUCUGGAAGCUCUUAUCUUAAUUAAAGUAGUGAUUUCACCCAGUGUUUUCUCACCCCCUCUUCUUUCAUUCUUACUCAUUUUUUUCUUUUAUUACCAACCAGUAUACUCAGAGAUAUAAACAGGAUCUGGUUUUUCAGUAAAGUGACCAGAAGCGACUGGCCUUGGUGUAAUUAUGUCUGUUAUGAUCAGUUGUCUGUCUAGUAUGUCCAUUAUGAUCAUGACAUGGAACAUUUCAUUCACCCUAGAAACUUCACAUGUCCCUUUGCAGUCACUCCCUUCCUCCCAUUAGUGGCCCCCAGCAAACAGUGAUUUACCUUUUUUAUCAUGAGUUUUGCUAUUUUAGAAUUUCACAUAUAUAGAAUUAUGCAGUGUGUAAUCCGUUGCGUCUAACUUCUUUCACUUAGCAUAUUGAGAAUAGUGUACUAUUUACAGAUUAUCUACCAGUAUUACUGAGUAAAAUGUUAGACCCAAAUGAUUCUUUGAUACGUUUGACAAUUUAUUUACUGAUUUUGUUAAAGGAAAAUAUAUUACUUUUCAAUUUUUUUUUUCUUUAAGACAGA